CGGAACUCGUUCAGUAAAUCUAUAGUAGAUCUAUCCAAAACUUGCAUUUGUAUACAUAAAAAGAAUAGACUUUUCGUGUAUUUUACUCUCUUGUUUAGCUUCAAUAUUAAUCGGAAUAACGAAGCAUUAUAGCAAAUCAAUUAAUUAUUUAGAAAUAAAAUUAUUUGUUAUAUAGUAAUAGUGAAUUGAUAUCAGUAAUUUUAAUAAGCUAUUUCAUUGAAAUUAAACACCGGAAAAGUAGUAAAGAAAUAUAAACAUUUAGUGCUGACUGGUUUUUGACAACUGUUUUUAUUGAUUAAAAAUAAAAUUUUACAAAUUUAAAAUUUCCCAUAAGUUUAUUUAUUUUUUUUUUUUGUGAACAAUUAAUAUUUCAAUGAGACGUGCAAGUUAUGGUGGAGGACAUCGCGGGGCUCCAAGAGGUGGUACCUCUAGAGGAGGAAAUUUCGGAAAUCGUGGAUCAGGUUAUGGAAAUCGUGGUGGUGGAGAAAAUGAUGGAUACAAAAGAGGUGGAUUAAUGGGAGGAAGUAGUGGUAGUGGCGGAGGUAGUAACUUUAAUAGCCUUAAAAAUAAACAACCUGGUGGAUCUUUGCGAAAACCUCGAUGGGAAAAUGAAACAUUGCAACCAUUUCAAAAAAAUUUUUACACUCCCCAUCCAUUAGUUUUAAAUCGUUCAAAAGAGGAAGUAGAAAAAUUUGUUAAAGAAAAAGAAAUAUCAUAUGUUGGAAACAAUGUACCAAAUCCGAUAAUGAAUUUUAAUGAAGUGAUUUUACCUGAUUAUGUUCUGAAUGAAGUGAAGAAACAAGGAUUUAGCUCUCCAACUCCAAUUCAAGCUGUCAGCUGGCCAAUAGCACUGAGUGGUAGAAAUAUGGUUGGAAUAGCACAAACUGGAUCUGGAAAAACUCUUGCUUAUAUACUUCCAGCUAUAUUACACAUAAAUAAUCAACCCCGAUUAUUACGAUAUGAUGGUCCAAUAGCAUUAGUGCUAGCACCUACACGUGAACUAGCUCAACAAAUACAACAAGUAGCUACUGCAUUUGGGACAUCAACUUUUGUAAGAAAUACAUGUGUGUUUGGAGGUGCUCCUAAAGGUCCUCAAGCUGAUGAUUUAGAACGUGGUGUAGAAAUAAUUAUUGCAACACCUGGAAGACUUAUUGAUUUUUUAGAGAGGAAUACUACUAAUUUAAAACGUUGCACAUACUUAGUUUUAGAUGAAGCAGAUCGAAUGUUGGACAUGGGUUUUGAACCACAAAUUCGUAAAAUCAUUGAGCAAAUUAGACCCGAUCGUCAAGUAUUAAUGUGGUCUGCCACAUGGCCACCUGAGGUAAAAAAUUUAGCUGAAGAGUUCUUAGUUGAUUAUGUCCAAGUUAACGUUGGAUCUCUUAACUUAUCAGCCAACCAUAAUAUUUCACAAGUAGUAGAUGUUUGUGAUGAUUUUGAAAAAGAACAAAAGUUAUAUGCUUUAUUAACUGAAAUAUUUUCACAACCUGAUAAUAAAACGAUCAUUUUUGUGGAAACUAAGCGUUCUGUUGAUAAUAUUGUAAAAUUGGUCAAUCGAAAUGGGUGGAGGUCUAUAGGAAUACAUGGUAAUAAAUCUCAAAAUGAACGUGACCAUACAUUGAAUCAAUUUCGUACAGGUCAUGCAAACAUUCUGGUGGCAACUGACGUGGCAGCACGCGGUUUGGAUGUGGAUGAUGUAAAGUAUGUAAUUAACUAUGAUUAUCCAAAUUCAUCAGAAGAUUAUGUUCAUCGUAUUGGAAGAACAGGGCGAUCUAGUCGCACUGGGACUGCAUUUACAUUUGUUACUCCUAAUAAUGCUCGUCAAGCUAAAGAUCUCAUAUCUGUACUUCAAGAAGCCAAACAGGUUGUCAAUCCUAAACUUUUUGAAUUAGCUGAAAUGGCUGCUGCGGGAGUAUUUGGAAAAAUGGAUCGAUCCAAUCGCAAUCGAGGUGGUUCAAACAACCGAUCUCGGGGAGCCCAUGCUAACCGUGGUAGCUAUGGUUCCCCAAAUCGUGGAGUUUAUUCUAAUAGAGGUGGUAGUGGUCGUGGUGGUUAUAGUAGUCAAAAUUCUCAUGUUAACAGUUACGUACCUAGUUCUCAAAAUACCAACCGAGGUAAUUAUGCAAGUGGUAAUCAAAGAGGUCGUAGUGGAUAUAAUGUACCAGCUAAUGUUAUGAAUAAUAUAAAUAAUAAUAAUAAUGGAACUGCACCAGUAAAUCGAGAAAGAGUUAGCAGAUGGGGUGAAAAUAAUGGCAAUCAACAAGGUGGUCAACAAGCUGUUCAACAUCAACCAACUGUAGUGUCUCAACCUCCUCUUCAAAUGCCUAAUAUUAACAAUCCACCUCCUGGUUAUCCAGGAAAUUGUGGUUUUCAAACUUCGUCAAACAAUUUUAGAGGAGGAUUUUAAUAAAUUAAUGUUUAUUAUUUUAUUUUACUAUUUUUAACCGUGUUUUAAAAUUAUAUUCCUUUUUACUUGUUUUAUAAUUAAUUUUUAUUAAUUAAAACACUUUGCUAUAGACAUAUAUACUAUGCAGAAAUAUGUAGGUAAAAAAAAAGAGCACAUUCUGUGUUAUAUUACCUUUAUAAAUAUAAAUAUAUAAAUAAUCACUAGUACUAAAAUAAAUUAGUAUUUCUUUAUGUGGUUGUAUGUAGAUAUAAUUAAAUAAAUAUUUUAAUUAAAAUAUUAA